AUGCGCUUUCUUUGUCUACACGGCGCGGGGACAAGCGCUGAAAUCUUCGAGAUUCAGUCAGGCGGAAUCACCCAAGAGCUGGAAAAUAAGGGCCACAAGUUUGUAUUCGUCAAUGGACGAGUGACCUCCAAGCCUGAAGCCGAAAUCGAAGGCGUUCUAGACGGCCCGUUCUACAGCCACUACCCCCGCGAUGUUUACCCCGGCGAAGAUCUUGUCCGGGCAUUCGAGUACACACUCGACAUCAUCGAGAAGCAAGGCCCCUUUGAUGGUGUGAUGGGCUUCUCUCAGGGUGCUGCGCUCGCAUGUGCCCUUAUAGCCAACCUUGCCAAAACCGAUUCGAAACCUCUCUUCAAGGUCGCCGUGUUCAUCUGCGGUGCGACACCCUACGAAAGCUCUGGGCUUAAAGAGCUUGUUGCCGAGGACGGGAAAUACCCCAUCACAAUCCCAACGACGCACAUCGUGGGUAAGCAAGAUCCGUAUUACAAGGGAAGUAUGCAUCUGUACGGUAUGUGCGACCCAUCUAAGGCCGUUUUUUACGACCAUGGUUCAAAGCAUCAUAUCCCGUUUGACCAGGCGAACACUACUGCCAUGGUGUCCGCCAUUGAGAAAUCCAUCGAGCGGGCAUUGAAUAACGAGUAG